CGCUGAUUAGGGAUACUAAGCUCAUUCAAUACAUGUCAAGUUAUCAUCCUAAGCGGUUAACUAAGUGAUGAACUAGUGAUCUAACAUCAAGUGAUCAGUUUAAUGAAAGCAGUAAGAACAGUAUGAAUGAAGAACAGUUAUGGAUCGCUUAUCUAUGUUUAGCUCAUGCCUCAACACCCUAAAAACCCUAGGCGAGCAAGGUCACUACUCGAUCAUGAUGCACAUAAACAAAGACAUAAUUCCUGAAUAAAAUUGCAUAAGAACAGAGUAUGAAACAAUAGGGUUCAGAUGAUCUUCUCUAUGAGAGGAUGGAUUCUUCUCCCUUACAAGUUGCAGAUCGCAAUACUCAGUGUUCUCUUGUAAAAACUAGCGUAAGAAAAUAGAAAAUAGAUAGAUGGCGUUUUAUAUGGAGGCGCCAAUCAGAAGAGAAAAAGAUUAGGGCAACAAGGCUUUAAUUCCUGAAAUAGGAGUUUCCAUAUUCGUCUGGAACAAUCUCCGGAUCACUCCGUCUGCUUGUUCCGCUUGAGAGAGAACAGUCUCGGGACUGUUCUCUUGAGUGUUCUCCGCAGGAAUGCUCCAAAAGGACAUCUUUUCAUCAGGCACCUUCUCUUCUUUCUUCUGCUAACUCCAGACCUGUAAAAGGUCAAAAGGGACUAGACUGACACGAAUUAGUGACUUGAAACAAAUGAAAACAUAUAUACAAUGAUGUGAAAAACACCAUAUAUCAGCAUGCAUAGUCAAAAUCAGGAUACGUGUACCGAUCUUUAUCUGAAUGUUGUUGGGUUUGGGUGGGCCUCUUGUAAUUGGGUUGUUUAUAAAAUUCCACUUGUAUUUUCGUUUGGGCUUUAUGACCCAAAAACUUUAAUGAAAAACAGUCGACAAAAAAAAAAGAAGGAUAAGUUUAAUUUUUUUUAAUGUUGUUAAAAGCUAUCAACAUUCAACAUUUUCUUUGUUCUUCUGUUGUUUUCUCCUUUUGAGCUCUGUUCCUAAUCUCAGUUUCUCAGCACACUUUUUCACCAUCAGAUUCUAAUAAUUGUAUUGCUUUCUAGUAGUAGGUAUUAAAUACGUUUAUCCAUUACAGUUUCGACCCAGUGUCCAGCACACGCGCCCCGGGAGUGUGAAAAACGUACGAAGCUAAUAAAUAUCUGACGCCAUUUUUAAAAAACGAAGCCCUCACACACACACACACCUAAUUGAUUGAUUCCCUUCCCUCGUAACUUAAGCACAUUGUUUGGGAUAUAUAUAUUCAAAUUUGAAAAAAACAAAGAAAGGAAGACUCAGACCCACCACCUCUUUCACUCUCUUUCGAAAAUCUCUGUAGGUUCCUCCAUCGCUGUUCCUAUUUGAAUUGCCACCAACAAAAAAAAUUCAAAUUAUAAUAUGAUAUCAACACCCCCGCUUCAUAAUUGAAAGAAAGCCAUCUAUCUACAUAGAUUCAUUCGUUAGUCUCUAUAUCUAUGCUAUGGGUUGUCCCUUCCCUUGCUUCCGUGCCAGAGCCGCCCAAUCUACUAACAGCCGCGGUGGCGAUUCCGUCUCUCAAAGAGGUCAUGACUCAAAGAAGAAUCGUUUGUCAGAUUUGUUUCUCUCUGAAGAGAAAUCAGCUCCUUCUCCUUGUAUUCAUAUGGACCAAGAUCUCAACGAUGAGGCUCAGUUUCUUAAAGCUUGCGGCACAACACCAGCCACACUAGUUGAAAUAAGGAAAGCAUCCGAAAACCUGGAAACUCCUCAACGUGGAAAACAAUUUACAUCUUCCCAGUUUGAUUCUUGGAUCUCCAGUAACUCUGAUGCAGUGUUUCACUUGUAUGAGAAAACACCUGAACCCUGUGGAGAGGAGGUUUCAGAGAAAACUCCUAGCAGUUGCAUAACCGAUUCCCAAAACAGUGCAAAGAUCUCCACUGGAAAUAGUGGUGCCGGUGAAGAAAGCCAAGGAAGCAUUGGCACUGCGUUCAAGGAUGGGGUGGAUAGAACCAGCAAGGUGCCACUCACAGCUGGAAACAACAUGGGAAAGAUAAAGUCAGUGCGGUUUGAAUGUGAUUUUGAUCAGUCUUACACUUUUAGUUCUUCCAAGAACACCACUUCAUUGAAGCUAUCUGAUGAGGUUCAAACUCAUGGAACCAUCUUUCCUGAAAAUACCGAAUCAACAAUAAAGGGGGGAUCUAGAGUGCAGGCUUGCAAAGGGAAGACAGAAACUGAAUCUCCGUUAUCAGCAGUACAUUGUGUGGGAAAGUUGGAAGACAGCUCAGCUAGUGUUUCUCCUGGGGUGAAGCAGAGUGAAGAGAAGAGUAACAAUAACAUGGCAGCUUCAUCUACCAUUACCUACAGGGACAGGCCUAUUAUCGGAAUGGUUGCAGCUCACUGGAACGAGAAAGAGCAAUCUCAAAUCUCACCCAAAUGGUGGGAUGGUAAUGGGAUACCAAACUCUACAAACAAGUACAAAGAGGACCAGAAGGUGAGUUGGCACGCAACACCAUUCGAGGAGAGAUUGGAGAAGGCACUUUCAGAAGAAGGUGGCCAAGGUUUCAUCCCUCCGAGAAAACUUGAAGUAAUGGAAGAGGCUGAAAGGGACACAGCUAUGUCACAGCUGCAUCAUUCAGCACAAUCCACAUCAAUCGUUUCCUUUUGAACAUCGUGUAGUGUACUAGUGUCUAUUUUCGUAUAGAAGGGUUAUCAUGACUCAUGAGCUAUAUGAUACAUAGAAGAAUCUAUAAAGCACGGUGGUGGUUCAUGAUUUCGUAUUGGCUUUCUAUUAUCUCACAUGAUAAUAGAUGCAGUGUCAUUUUUUUCUGCAAGUUUUGAGUGAUUUGGUUGUCAAGUGUUUGGUAUUUUAGAUUAUUAUAUGGUUCAUUAUUUACA